ACCUCGACAAACUUUUGACCCUGUCAGGGUGUACGAGUUUGUCAAAGACCGAAGGGUGCGAUUCGGUAAGGGCGGAUACGACGACGGACUUGCUGUCAAAGAUAGAGUUCAAUCUGCAGAAAUUUACUGAGAGUAUGGAGAAGCUCGUGAAGGCUGUGCAAAUUGUGCCACCAAAGAAGAAAAAUGGAGGCAACGACAGGAAUGAUGGCAAUGAUGGCAAUGACGGCAAUGACGGCAGUGACGGCAAUGGCGGUGGCGGUGGAGAUGAGAAGAAAAAGGAGGAAGAGGAGGGCAAUGGUGGUGGCAAAAUGAAGUAUCCAGCGGGUCAGUCCGGGUCUGGACAAUUUUCAUAUGGAAGGCCUACCCGUCAUAAAUAUGGUUAUCAAAAUGGGGCACUCAAAACGGAGGAAAAAAUGUUGUUGCUGUGCUGUGAGGUGUGCAAUAUUUCUGGUACCACUCAGACUCAGGGAAAGCCAAAGAUGGAGCUCCUGAAAAUAUAG